AUGGGCUUCGGCGACCGUGGUGGAGGACGUGGCGGCUUCGGCGGUGGCGGACGUGGUGGCGGUCGCGGCGGCUUCGGCGGUGACCGAGGUGGCCGCGGCGGCGGACGUGGCGGAGGACGUGGUGGCUUCGGCGGUGACCGCGGCGGCCGUGGUGGCGGACGCGGUGGCGGACGUGGCGCUCCCGGCGGACGUGGCGGUGGACGAGCGGAGGUGCCCGGGGACGGUUCCAACGUCAUCGUCGAGCCGCACCGCCACGCGGGCAUCUUUGUCGCCAAGGGCAAGGAGCACCUGCUGGUCACCAAGAACAUUGCGCCCGGCGAGUCGGUCUACGGCGAGAAGCGCAUCUCGGUCGAGACGCCAGGUGCCGGUCCGGACGGCACGUCGAUCAAGACCGAGUACCGCGUCUGGAACCCGUUCCGAUCCAAGCUGGCCGCCGGUGUGCUGGGCGGUCUGGACCACAUCCACAUUGCGCCGGGCAAGAAGGUCCUCUACCUCGGCGCCGCAUCAGGCACCUCGGUGUCGCACGUGGCCGACCUGGUCGGGCCCGAGGGCAUCGUCUACGCCGUCGAGUUUUCGCACCGCUCCGGACGGGAUCUGAUCAACAUGGCCAAGAAGCGCACCAAUGUCAUCCCCAUCGUCGAGGACGCCAGGCACCCGCACAAGUACCGCAUGCUCGUCGGCACCGUCGACGUCAUUUUCGCCGACGUCGCCCAGCCCGACCAGGCGCGCAUCGUGGCGCACAAUGCCGACUCGUUCCUGCGCAACGAGGGACACGCCCUCAUCUCGAUCAAGGCCAGCUGCAUCGACUCGACGGCGCCCGCCGAGGCCGUCUUUGCCGCAGAGGUCAACAAGCUAAAGGGCAUGAAGUUCCGCCCAAGAGAACAGCUCACCCUCGAACCCUACGAGCGCGACCACGCCAUGCUCGUCGCGCAGUACCAGCGCAACAAGGACUGA